AUGGACCGCCAUGACCCUCAGCAACAGUCGCAGCAGCAGCACCCGCAACCGGCGAAGGUGCAAAAUAGUGAUGAACAACAACAUCGUCUAAAUGCCACUCAUCAACAGCUGCUGGAAGAGGACCCAUUCGCCUCUGAAUCCGAAUCUGGCCAAGGCGAUCCGUUAGCAGUUGAAGUUGAAACGGAGGCUCCUGGGGCUGGUCGCGGAACCGUGAACGUUCGAUCCCGUGUACGGUAUUGGUUGAACGAUAUUGUCGAUGAAAUGCGAAAGAAGAGCCCGGCGUCGGUUCAGAAGUGGGUCGAUUCGAUACAACUACCUAACGGUGGAGGCAGUGCAACAAUUUCGUCUGGCAGUACCGAUGCUACGCCACCUUUACAUCAUGACGAUCCGGCUGUACACCGGACAGACUAUUCCCGAUCCGAUCAGCUAGUAACACCCGAUACGGAACCGUCCCUGCAGCACUUAGAACACGAUGCAAGCGAGAAUAUAGGAAUCGACGAGCCAUCGACGGUUGAAUCGAAGCAAGAAGAUCGCCAGGUUUGCUUUCCGCACCGGGAGGAAUAUCCGGACGCUGGUGUAGAGAGCAUUCCCUGUGUACUUAAUGAAGACAGUCUUAAAAAAAACAAUACUGCUAGCCGUAUGUCUCCGACUGAGGCCCGUGGCUCUCUUGCCAUCAGCACACCAAAGAUGGUUAGAAUGGACGACAGCGCGAAAAUAACUAACGAGCCUCCUGCCAGUCUUUCCAUUCGAAACUUUUUGUCCAAAAAAUCGCUUCUAGGGAAAUUCAGCCGAUCGGGUUCCAAUCUCGAUCAUAGCCCGAAUGCUGCCGCAGAAAAUGUUCCGAUUGUUGGAUCCUCAGAUAUGGCCGAGGUUACUGAAAGGAGCUGGAGAAAGGCAGAAGAUGAACCGACAUCCACCUCACCGUUUGUAGUGAGUAAGAGCAAGAUAAAUGAGUUUUAUGACAAGCUCAACAUGAACAAAGCCAAGUACGGGUUGAUAAAAGGAAAGAAGCUUGACAUACGUAAUAUGCUUGGUGGAGGCUUGGCCAAUCGAGAGAGCUCCGAUAUAUCCAAGACACCCAUCGCGCAACCGUCGAAAAUUCAACCGGUUGCAGAUGCUUUUACAAUUGAUGGAACGGUGCAUCAGUUUGACAGUGCUGAGGCAAAGUCCCUGGCGGAAGCAUCCGAAGACCAUCCCGAACCAUUAGAGGUGAGCGUGGUGGACGUGGAACCGUCAGAUGCAUACGAGUUUUCGUUCGAUGAUUCGUUCCCCAAGUCGGACGAACUCGUUACGGGCAUGAUCAGUGAGGAGGACGAAGAGGAAAAGGAAAACAUACUCGAUACGCCAUCCAUGGUGCCGGGUCACGGGUAUGGGUACGACGUUUAUCUCAACCCGCCAAAACCGAAAGCACACCGUAUAGGCAUUGGACGGAUUGGGCGCAGCUCAAGUGAGAAUCCGCGGGCCACAGCACGUCGCUACAACCUUAUGGAGAUCGGGCGUAGCUUCAGUGAGAUGAACGAUGAUGACGACUCGUUCGCUAUCAGCGAGUGCAACAACAGCUGCCCGAACCCAUCCUCGCUAAACACCAGCUCCAGCAUCAACAAUGGUAGCAUUAGCAACUUGACGCGUUCCGUCCCUGUCAGUCCAGUUCCGAGGACGUCGAGCAAACUCAGCAUUCAGCAGGAAACUCAGCAACAACAGCAGCAGUCUCAGCCGUCAUCCCGCCGCCGCAGUACGAUGCUGGUCAAGGACAGUUCGCUCCAAUCCGAUUCGAGCCGGUGCUCGAGUGUUGAGAGUCUACUGAAUGCACGCAAACCGGAUCCGGAGAAGAUACUGCUCAAUUUAGGUUUCGGACCGGCACCCCAUAGUACGGAUGUGCUGGCGAAAAUACCGAAACGGUUUUUGAAACCGUCUCAAGUGCGUGGUGUCGAUACGGAAGCUUUCCUGCGACAGCAACAACUUUCGAUGCACAUCCACGAAAACAGCGUUCUAGGGUAUCGAGGACUAGUAGGUAAUCCACACAUUCCACCCUCCAUGAUCGUGGCGAAAAUCAUGGAACGAUUUCAGGAAAACGACACGAAAACGCGCCUUACGGCGGCAGGUGUCACGCUGCCUCAGUCCGACAGCCGAACCUCAUCCGGUCCACCGUCGCCCAUUCCGAUGGUACGGCACGCCUCUCUAGCGACGGCUGACGGUCGUAUAAAGUUUUAA